GCGUCGCCAGGCCGAGCGCGGGCGCCUUGACGCGGGGGCCCCGCGGGAGCUGCUGCAGGAGACGGAGGAGCAGCUGCCGGAGGCUGAGGUCGACCUCGAGAGCCAGGAGAGCGAGGUGGACUCCCUCCACCGGCAGGCGGAGAGCAUGGACGCCUUGUGGGGGAUGGCCCAGCGGCCAGCGUCGGCGCCGCGCGCCCG